UGUCGUAUUCGUAUGCGGUGCUUCGCGUUCUACGGUCCCGUGGAAUCAAAAUAUUAUUAUUUUUAUGUCGAAAAAUUCAAGUUCAGGAAGCAAAAUUCGCACUUUAUGCAUGAAAUUUGUGUGAAAAAAGGCGCAAAAAUCACCCGAAUCACGAGAAAUGCGUGAAAAACUAAAAUUUUAAAACGUCACAGUAAAAAAAGUUCGUGGAAAUUAAAAGAAAAAUCCAUUUACAUACAAUUGCCGGAGCCGCAUACAUACGCGAAUGUAGCGCGACACGUGUGUACGUAACACAAAAAAAAAUAAUAAAAUAAAUAAAGCAAAAAAAGCAUUAAAAAUUACAAAUUCAGAGUGCGUUUAAAGUAAAGUGCAUGCAAUACGGACAAAAAUCGAGCAAAAAACUUAAAAACAAGGAGAUUUAAGUGCGUUAACGGAGGUAAAACGAGUAAAAUUGCGCGCACACACACAGAAGAAAACGGAAAAAGUGUGAAAAAUCCGAUUAAAAAACAUUUUCUUGACGUCAUCCGCGAAAACAUCGGACAAAUGUGAAUUUGCCACAUAAACAAGCCAUCUUUUCAUACAGAAAAGUGAAAUAAAAGGGCACGAGACAUAAUUACGCAUUAAUUUUAAACUUCGUAUACGCGACACAUCCGUACUUGUCGUGUCGAGCGAAUCUUCUAUUUCUUCGUUUUCAAUUUUUUUUUGCUGCUUUGCACAAAUAUGUGUCAUUAGUUGUGUGUGUUCUCCGAAGAAGAGCGAACAAAUAAAUAAAUGUAAAGUAAAUCGCAUGUACAUUAUCGAUAAUCAUCCGAAAAGUGAAAAGAGUUAACUUGCACGGCACACAGACAACAACAACAACAACGCUCGCUGUAUUUGUGUGCAGCGGCAGCGUAUGUUCUGCAUGAAUGAAUAAAAUUAUCGAUUUUCAUAAAAUAUAAAUCGAGCUCUCUUGCCACUGGAGGUAUACAAUACUUAUUAACAUCAACAAUACAUCGACGGCAGUAAUAACAACAAAAAAUCGCUUUUUUAAAAAAAUAUUUUCAAUACACGUGAAAAGGCUUACGUUGGCAACUUUGAGCCAUCAUCGACGUCAACGCGAGUGCAUUUUUGAUAUGAAAUCAAGUGAAUUGAUUAUUAUUGGUUUUACUCAUUACAACAAGUAAUUGGAUUAUUGUUGUUAUUAAAAUCGACGGAUUAACGGGAUUUGCCGCUACUUUGCUGGAAAACAGAGUUUAAAAAAUGUCAGCAGAACGCGAUAUUGCACAAAACGGGCCCUUGUCCCUGCAUCCGAUCCCGUAUCCGGACAUGAAUCACAUACAGAUGAACGGAAUUGGGAAACCCUCAUAUGAAUCAUCAUGGACUUCUUCGCCUCCGAGGCCCCAAAGUCCCACUCAGUCGCAGACCAGCUUCGAUACACUCUCACCAACCACAGCCGGUCCAACAACAACAACUGUCCCGCAAACAGGCACAACCACGGGCACUGUCACGCCCGGGCUUGGCGUUGUGCCCGUAACAACCACUGCGACGCCAGAUCUGCCCGUUUUUACAUGCCCACGCCGACCGAAUUUGGGCCGCGAAGGACGUCCCAUCCUUUUGCGUGCAAAUCAUUUUCAAAUCACAAUGCCACGAGGCUUCGUACAUCAUUACGACAUCAAUAUACAACCGGAUAAAUGUCCACGAAAGGUAAAUCGUGAGAUUAUCGAGACAAUGGUUCAUGCAUACAGCAAAAUUUUCGGUGUUCUCAAGCCCGUUUUCGAUGGGCGCAAUAAUCUCUACACACGUGAUCCGUUGCCCAUCGGCAAUGAUCGUCUCGAAUUGGAAGUAACACUGCCCGGCGAGGGUAAAGAUCGCGUUUUUCGCGUCACCCUCAAGUGGGUUGCACAAGUUUCGCUCUUCAACUUGGAAGAAGCGCUCGAAGGUCGCACUCGUCAAAUCCCCUAUGAUGCAAUUCUCGCAUUGGAUGUCGUCAUGCGUCACUUGCCCAGUAUGACAUACACUCCCGUAGGUCGCAGUUUCUUCAGCUCUCCCGAUGGCUAUUACCAUCCCUUGGGUGGCGGACGUGAAGUUUGGUUCGGUUUCCAUCAAAGUGUUCGCCCAUCGCAGUGGAAGAUGAUGCUGAAUAUCGAUGUCAGUGCAACGGCUUUCUACAAGGCACAACCCGUCAUCGAGUUUAUGUGCGAAGUUUUGGAUAUGCGUGACAUCAAUGAGCAACGCAAGCCACUUACGGACUCGCAACGUGUCAAAUUCACGAAGGAAAUCAAAGGAUUGAAGAUCGAGAUCACACAUUGCGGCACCAUGCGUCGCAAAUAUCGCGUUUGUAAUGUCACACGACGCCCAGCACAAAUGCAAUCUUUCCCAUUACAACUGGAAAAUGGACAAACAGUCGAAUGCACUGUCGCUAAAUACUUCUUGGACAAAUACAAGAUGAAGUUACGGUAUCCCCAUUUGCCGUGCUUGCAAGUUGGACAAGAGCACAAACACACAUACUUGCCGCUCGAGGUCUGUAACAUUGUCGCCGGGCAACGUUGCAUCAAAAAAUUGACAGAUAUGCAAACUUCUACGAUGAUUAAAGCAACUGCCAGAUCAGCUCCUGACAGAGAACGUGAAAUCAAUAAUUUGGUUCGUCGUGCUGAUUUCAACAAUGACUCGUAUGUUCAAGAAUUCGGUUUGACCAUUUCCAAUAACAUGAUGGAAGUUCGUGGUCGUGUCUUGGCUCCGCCAAAACUUCAAUAUGGAGGUCGUGUUUCGAGCAUUUCGAGUGGUCCGCAACCAACAUCCCUCUCACAGAACAAAAUCAGCUUGGCAUCACCGAAUCAAGGUGUCUGGGAUAUGCGUGGCAAGCAAUUCUUCACCGGUGUCGAGAUCCGCGUUUGGGCAAUUGCAUGCUUUGCCCCACAACGUACCGUUCGCGAAGACGCCCUACGUAAUUUCACCCAACAAUUGCAAAAGAUCUCGAAUGACGCUGGAAUGCCAAUCAUUGGUCAACCGUGCUUCUGCAAAUACGCCACGGGACCCGAUCAAGUCGAACCCAUGUUCAGAUAUUUGAAGAGCACAUUCGCUCAAUUGCAACUCGUUGUCGUUGUCUUGCCCGGCAAAACGCCCGUUUAUGCUGAAGUAAAACGCGUCGGAGAUACAGUUCUUGGAAUGGCAACGCAAUGCGUACAAGCAAAAAAUGUCAACAAAACAUCUCCACAAACCUUGUCGAAUCUAUGCUUGAAGAUCAACGUCAAACUUGGUGGCAUCAAUUCAAUUCUCGUGCCAUCCAUCAGACCAAAGGUAUUCAAUGAACCAGUUAUCUUCUUGGGUGCUGAUGUCACACACCCACCAGCGGGCGACAACAAAAAACCAUCGAUUGCCGCUGUUGUCGGGUCCAUGGAUGCCCAUCCGUCGCGUUAUGCUGCCACAGUGCGCGUGCAACAACAUCGCCAAGAAAUUAUCCAGGAGCUCAGCAGUAUGGUGCGCGAAUUGCUUAUCAUGUUCUACAAGAGCACGGGCGGCUACAAGCCACAUCGCAUCAUUUUGUAUCGCGACGGUGUCUCCGAGGGGCAAUUCCCGCACGUUUUGCAACACGAACUCACGGCAUUGCGUGAGGCCUGCAUCAAAAUCGAGGCAGACUACAGACCCGGCAUCACAUUCAUUGUCGUGCAAAAGAGACAUCACACGAGACUUUUCUGCGCCGACAAGAAGGAACAAAGUGGCAAAUCUGGAAAUAUUCCCGCUGGCACAACCGUCGAUGUUGGCAUCACGCAUCCCACCGAAUUCGACUUUUACCUUUGCAGUCAUCAAGGUAUCCAGGGCACAAGUCGUCCAUCACACUACCACGUACUUUGGGAUGAUAACCAUUUCGAUUCAGACGAGUUGCAAUGCUUGACAUAUCAAUUGUGUCACACGUACGUCAGAUGUACACGAUCUGUAUCCAUUCCAGCACCAGCGUAUUACGCUCAUUUAGUGGCGUUCCGAGCAAGAUAUCACUUGGUCGAAAAGGAGCACGAUUCCGGCGAAGGCUCUCACGCCAGCGGCUGCUCCGAAGACAGAACACCUGGUGCAAUGGCUCGCGCGAUUACGGUACAUGCAGACACCAAGAAGGUCAUGUACUUUGCUUAAAUCAACA